AUGACCUCUACUACUUCUACUACUAGUAGUUUAGGAAUGAUUAAAGAGGAUAUUAUAUAUUCAACAAAAACAUAUUGUUCAAGAUGUACAUUGAUAGAUCGAAAGGGAUUAAUAUUAAAUGAUGCUCAAGUUGUAUCAAGAGACAACAAGGUAUACUUGAAAUCAUUAUGUGUACACCAUCCAUCAAAUUAUACUUUAAUAUGUUCAUCAUUGGAAUUCUUUAAUAGAAUGUCAAGUUAUAAUAGUAUAGAAUUAAAUAAAUCAAUUAAAGAUAUAGAAGAUACUAUUAUAUCUAGGAUUAGUUCAAAUUCAUCAUCUGCACCUUCCCCUUUUACACCACAACAAUCACUUGCUCUGGAAUUGAAUAUCUUUCAACAAGGUACCUUUUUAACCAAUGAUCAAAUCCUAUCAAAUCUUCAAUAUUUUCAAUCAAUGUAUCCUAAAAAUAGAAAGUUUGUUUUAAAAAUUAUGGCAAAAGGAACAAAUGAUAUAGUUACAAUUAAUAGUAUAGUUAUAUUUAUUGCAAAUACAUUAAAAGGGUAUCCAAUAUUAUUAGAGGUGACAGUAGAGAGAUUGGGUCAGAUUGGAAAGUUACCAGACUCUUCAUUCCUUUUGGGUAAGGUCUAUCCGGCACUCAAAUACUUUUUGAAACGAGGUGAUGAGGACUUGUUUGCCAAAGAUCUCAAUGCACUUCUUCAAGUACUUUCACAAUACAAUGGUAUACAAGCUGUCAUUACCAUUGCGGUAGAGAGACCAUUUGCCAAUCUUUCAUCGAUUCUUCAUCUUUUAAGAUCGAAAAAUGAAUUGAUUAGAUUCAUCAUUCUCUCAUUGGAACGACCACCAAAAGAUCUUUACCAAUCACUUCAACAACGAGUUGAAAAGGAUAUACAAGCUGAAAAGCAAUCUCAACCACUACCAACACCAGAACAGACGAGUCAAGAUAUUAUCAACAACAAUGAUCCCUAUGAAUUGAUACAAGAAAUUGAAAGAGCUACCAAUCAAACCAUUGCAAGUUCUGAUUUCUUCCCAAUCAAUGUUGGAUCGGCUCUUGAACCAAUGUUAUCUUUGAUGGGUUAUGGAUCAUUUGCUAUUAGACCAAAUCCAUUCUGUGGUUUUGGAACUUGUCUCAUGAAUACUGACAGUCAUACUUCUAGACCCAUCAAUAGACUAUUCAACAUUGGCAAAUUCUAUAAAGAAAUAUUACCAAUAUUACCUCAAAUUGAAGAGAAAAUAGGUUUUAUUAAUGGUCUAAGAUUAAAAUCUAUUAUUAAAUCAUGUCAUUAUGAUAAUGUAUUGUUACCAAAUAUAUUUGAUUAUUUUACAGAGAAAUCAAAAGCAGAUAUUACAAAGAGGGUGAUUGAUAAAACACAGAUUCUAAUCAUUCACAAUAAUAUGGAUAUAGCAUCAUUGGAUCUUAGAAGAAGAUGUAAUUGUGCUAUCAAUACCAAAACAAAAGAUAAUAACUUUGUUUCUUCUUGUACUGGUUGUAUUUAA